AUAAGAAUAAUUGCUCUGGAAUAGUAUCUGAAAAUAAAGAAGAAAUUUUAAUAGAAUUCAAAAAGCAGUUAUAUUCAGUAUCUGUUAAUCAGUCAUCAAACAAAAAAGCCCAUGAUAAAGCAACAAAAUUUUAUAAAAAUGUGAAGAACUUUAAUUUUAAAGAAAUUGUAGCAUUUUUUGUUCAAAUGGAUGAAAAAGCCAAUAUAAAUAUAUUUGAUGCCAAAACAAAUUUAUAUGGAUCAGAAGUCGCAACAUGUUUAUUUAAUGAUGAUAAAAUAAAAAGACAGUGUAAUCAAAAAGAUUCCACAUUUGAAAUUUUAACAAAGGAAAGCCUAAAUACAGAUGAGGAUUUGAUUAUUGGAAACUUUAAUGUUAGAAAAUCAUUAAUGAAUUGGAAAUUGAAAAAUAAUCUACUUCAUGACGAAGUUCAUUCAUUUGAAAGAGAUCAUGAUUUAUUAAAUGAAGCUUUAUCUGAAAGAAUGUAUCGAGAAAUGUUUUUGACACCAUUAGUCACUAAUCUAUUUCAAAAAGAGUUUAAGAACAUGGAAAUUUACUUGCAAAAAAAUUUGUUCGCCUCUGCAGAAGACUUUGAUCUAAAAAAAGAUGAUAAAGAAAAUCGCAGUAAUGGUCGUAAAAUUGAUAUCGUCUGGGCUACUAAGCCUCUAAAAAUAGAAUUUGCCAUUGCAGAAAUAAGUGGACCUCCAAAUGAACACCAACAUUCGCAUUAUUUUAGUGACAAAAUUAAAAUAGCCAAGAUGUUAAAAAUUAUGUUGAAUAGAAUAGUGCGAGUAUAUGGUGGUGCAAAAACGAACUUAAAUCUUCUAAAGCUUUAUGGGCUACAAGUCUAUAAUCAUAUAGUAAUCGUAUAUGAGCUUUUGAUUUCAUAUAAAGGAAUUUACAUUUUUAGAGAAGUUACUAGAACUAAUCUACCGACAACAAGUAUUAAUAUAUCUUUAUUACGUCGAUGUGUGCCGACUUUUCUGUUUUUUAAGGAAAUUAUAAUUGAGAGUUUACGAAAUAUAAAUCAAUACAUUAUGGAGGCUGGUUUGAGCACGCCAAUCGAUUAUGAAAAUGCUAGUUUAUUUCUAACACCCAUGACGUAUUCAUCUAUUGAUGAAAAGAUUAAUUGA